AUACAAAAGCAGCCUUGGAUCGAGCCGGAGUGGCAAGCGUUAAAGGGAGGCGGGGAGUGACGCGGUUUGCGUCUAGAGCGGCUCCUUGGAGUCCACAGCAUCCACCGCCGAGCCUCGCCUUCCUUUCUCCGUCUGCAGACAUAUCGAGACACAAAAAGAGGCAACCCCUGGAUCAGUGCGAGGGACCUAAUCCCAUCAUGACCGAGACCACAAAGACCCACGUUAUCCUGCUGGCCUGCGGCAGCUUCAAUCCCAUCACUAAAGGACACAUUCAGAUGUUCGAAAGAGCCAGGGAUUAUCUGCACAAGACUGGAAGAUUUAUUGUGAUUGGUGGCAUUGUCUCUCCUGUCCACGACUCCUAUGGAAAACAGGGCCUUGUGUCGAGUCGGCACCGUCUCAUCAUGUGUCAGCUGGCUGUCCAGAAUUCCGACUGGAUCAGGGUGGACCCGUGGGAGUGCUACCAGGACACCUGGCAGACGACCUGCAGUGUGCUGGAGCACCAUCGCGACCUCAUGAAGAGGGUGACCGGCUGCAUCCUCUCCAACGUCAACACGCCUUCCAUGACACCUGUGAUCGGACAGCCACAACAUGAGAACACCCAGCCCAUUUACCAGAACAACAAUGUGCCCACCAAGCCCACUGCAGCCAAGAUCUUGGGAAAGGUGGGAGAAAGCCUCAGCCGGAUCUGCUGUGUCCGCCCACCCGUGGAGCGCUUCACUUUUGUAGAUGAGAACGCCAACCUGGGCACAGUGAUGCGGUAUGAGGAGAUCGAGCUGCGCAUCUUGCUGCUGUGUGGUAGUGACCUGCUGGAGUCCUUCUGCAUCCCAGGACUCUGGAAUGAGGCAGAUAUGGAAGUGAUUGUUGGGGACUUUGGGAUCGUGGUGGUACCCCGGGAUGCAGCGGACACAGACCGAAUCAUGAAUCACUCCUCCAUACUCCGCAAAUACAAAAACAACAUCAUGGUUGUGAAGGAUGACAUCAACCAUCCCAUGUCUGUAGUCAGCUCCACCAAGAGCAGGCUGGCCCUGCAGCAUGGGGAUGGCCAUGUCGUGGAUUACCUGUCCCAGCCAGUCAUCGAUUACAUCCUCAAGAGUCAGCUGUACAUCAACGCCUCGGGCUAGCGGAUACCCAGCUCUCUGCUCUACUCUCCCUGUGUCCUCUGCCAACAUACUGUCAGACCCCGGUUUCUCUCCUGCCUCUCUGUUUCUCUGUCUUCAUCUUGACUGUUCUCCCCACUGGCUGACUUAACCCCCACAGUGUGGAGGGCCUGCGAAGAACCGUGGCGUACCCCAUUCCACAGUCAUCUUUGGACAAACUUUCCUCUAGUCUCCGGGUUGGGGGUGGGUAAGGGAACAGGGUGGGAGUUGGGGAAAGUGCAGCCCUUGGGGAUGUACUGGUGUCCGUAUCCCAGCAUGCUCUGGGGACGUGGCUCAGGCUCUCGCCUUCCCAGCAUGCCCUUUACCACAAAGGGCUAUUUUUCUUUUCUUUUUCUUUGUCCACUUCUUGUAGACCUUGGAUGAAAUCAGUGUGUGUGUGUGUGUGUGUGUGUGUGUGUGUGUGUGUGUGUGAGUGUAUUCAUUUGUUUGUAGUCUUGAUGCUCUCCUGUGGUUUACUUCCCUUCUGAUAGGACACUAGAGCCAGUCUCAGCACUCGUAAGUGCGCGAGGGCCACAUCCAGGAAAGAAGGCAGAGCCUCUCUGCUUUUCCAACACACACACACACACACACACACACACACACACACACACACACACACCAGCAGCAGCAUCCCCAGACCCCUUUGGUCAAGAGUAAGACUUUCAGGUUCUGAAACCUGGUACACAAGUCUGGGAAGAGUAGGGUUCCUCAGAAUUUGAGUCCCUGGUUUCAGAUGAUCGUGGUCUUGAUGCUGUGUGUCGGACCAGUAGCAUUGUGUGGGUUCUCUGCCAACCAGGCAUUUGCAGAGAGCGAAAGCCCUCCGAGACCAUGGUAAGGCAUGUUCUUGCUGGUGAGAGGAACCACACAAGGCAAGACCAAGUCCUGAUAAUCCUUUUUUUUUUUUUUUUUUUUUUUUUGAAAACAUGCUAAGAAUCCACUUGACUAAAAAGAUGCUUUGCUAAUUGGCAUUAUUUAUUGCCCAUUUGGCUAGGAGCUAUAAGUCCAGGAUGAUCUGGGAGAAUGCAGUUUGUUACCCUGAGAAUUCAUGAUCCCCACCCACUCCACCUGAGCUUGCCAGGCUGCGCCCAAAGCCCUUUCCUUUUUGCAAAGCAAUCAGCCUUGUUUGGGAGCUGGCCCUAUCUGUCUCCUGCAGAGCCCAGCAGUCAAUGCCCUGGGAGGUCUGCCUGACACACAAGAGCAGUUCUUCUGUUUCUCCUGUUUCUCCCCAUUUCUCCUCAAUGUCCUCCCCUUCUCUCUACCUCUGAAGACAGUUCAAGACUGGACAAGAUCCUCAUGUCCUGCCUGGAGAGCUCGUGGGGAAUGACUUUGGUGUUUUGUGUUUGCCCUUCAGUCUCUGGCUCUUGGGUUUUCUGGUUGUUCAUGGAAAGCUCCUGAGUAUCAGGCUACAUUUUAAUUUCUAACAUCCACAUGGGUGGGAUUAGAUCAGGGAUGAUGCUCUUUGCCUUGGCUUUCCCUCCCACCUUCUCCGACUUCAGGAGGAAGAGGCUGGCUCAACAGAAGCGCAUAGGGCAUCUCCAGAGCUGUGGCUUUUCUUUAGACUGUAGAAGUGACCUCCAGAGGGGGGGGGGGAGAUUAUUUCUAUCACCAAGAAAACCAGUGUUAGACUAAAAGUCAUGGAAAAAUAGAGAAAACCUGUAUGACCCAUCUGCUCCCAGGUUCUUUGAAAACAAGGGAGCAGAGACCCCAGGGGAGUCAGUCGUCUGGUCCAGGAUCUCUCAGUGCAUCCUGGGAAGUAUGAUGAGAAGAUGAUGUUUCCCCAGACAAAAGAAAACCAGGAGCUGGAUUGCCUGUGGGGAAACAUGGGGUUUUGAAGGCUCUGGAGCUGACGUGGCUCCACAAGAGCAGACCCCAGCAAGGCUACUUCCAUUUCGUUCCUUUGGUUCACUGUGUUUCUCUUCUGAACUCUAGUUGAGCUUCAUUUAGUUCAUAGCCUGGGAUAAGGAACCAGGUUAGUGCAGCAGCCUCAGAGGGCAACAAGUAGCUCAGAACAGGGAAGGAAGGAGAGGUGAGUUAAAAGAAUCACACAGAAGUGCAUUUCUGGGAAGCGGGUGGGCAGAUUGUUUCUUGUUAAGGCAUGUUAAAAUGGUUUUCCCCUUUGAGGACAGCCUGGUCUACAAAGUGAGUUCCAGGACAGCCAGGGCUUUACAGAGACACCCUGUCUCAACAACAACAACAACAACAAUGGUUUUCCCUUAACAAACAGAAAUGAGUCCCUAUCCAGGUAUAAUUGUCCGUUCCCUUCUCUGUCUCUUUCUCCCUUUGUUGGAUCGAGGGUGGGGGACCCCGCCCCCAUCACCCUCCCACCCCCACCCCUAAGGGGAGCACAGCGUGACUGUGACCUACCCUGGCCAACACCAAAAAGACAGUUUAUAAGCAGUGCCUCAGGUGUCAUCAGGGUGACUUUUGGGUCUGUCUUUGGGGGCCCAUUGUGAGAGCUAGCCUAUUACUGGCAUGGCACAGAGAUGGUAAUAAAGACACAGACUAGAAUGAUCCCGUCAUUUACUGCUGCCUGCCAUUUUUAAUGUCCCUGCCAUUUUUUUUUUUUAAGCGGCUGAUAGAACAGAGAGGACGGAAACUUUAAUAACCCUCUCCUUAAGGAAUGAGGCUGGGCCCCCCUGGAUUACUUGUCCGAGCCACAUACUCCCCAUCCCAGUUAGCCUCUGGGCCCCUGGCUUUUGCUUUCCUUGAAUGUACAUUGGACCAGCAAAGGAAGUCUCUUACUGAAGUGCCUGAAUUCACAACUGAAGUCUUAGAGACACUGGCCUUCCUGUUUUGGCUUGGCUACAUGUUCUAGUCUCCAGUUUCAGGAUCUCUGAAAGGAUUCAUGAACACUCUAUUCAAAGAGGUGGGAAGUAAAAUUUGAUAAUCAAACUAUCAAAAGCCAGAGGAUUCCAGGGAGCGCCCCCCCCCAUGCUCUCAUACACGCUUGUAGAGGACUGAGAGACGCAUGUCCGUGUAUUUUUGUUUCUAAUUUUCAAAGUAACGCAACGCCAGGUGUGGUGGCACAUGCCUGUGAUCCCAGCACUGAGAGGUGGAGGCAGGAGAUCAGGGGUUCAAGCCCAGCCUCUGGGCACAUAAGACCUUGUCUCAAAACAAAAGCUGCAAUGGGAAACCAGGAUGGGCAAAGCUUAGGACCUCUCCCCGUGUUACAGCAGGAGAGAGGGGGUGAUUUUAUAGCGCAUGUAGGUAAGACACCUUGGCGAUACCCUAUGGUAAUGGGAACAAGUGUACUCUGCCACGCUGAUCCAACCUGUCUCGGUCCUGUGAGCUGACUGGUGAAUUCCACUCCUUAUGUGGUUUCUGUGUAGUGUGCGUUUGGAAGUGUCCUAGUAGUCACAGUUAGUUAGACUGCAGCCCUUUCCCAUCACCUUCAGUGGAGUCCCAGGGCACACAGCUCAUCUUGAUCCUCGUGGGGUUGGAAUGGGGAGGAGGAAGCUUUUUUUUUUUUUUUUUUUUUUUAAAUCAUAUCUGCUAAUUUAAGAGUGAGGUUUACUUUAUGGAAGUCAACUCAAUAAAAACUGCAUUCGAGUUGCAAAUACCAUUUCACAGUGAAAUAUUUCUGAGUAGAGUUCUGUUGCUAGGAUAGUCGUGGGCAAGAGUUUUAUCAGCAAAUUGUUUCGAUUAUGUUAAUAAAUCAGACAAUGCUACU